AUGAAUGGUGGUGUGAGCGCGGUGGUCGAGCUGCUGCCGCGCAUCGCAGCGCUGCCGACGCGCGAUGCGCUGGACUCGUACAAGCUCGAGGGCGCGCGCGCGCUCGAGGUUCGACGCAAUCUACUGCGCGAGUUGCUGGGCGCGGUGCCGCUCGCCUACUUUUUUCCGCCAGGCGUGGCGACCAUGCCGGCCGCACUUGCGCUGCUCGAGCAGAAUGACUGGCGCCUUUCACUUGCACAGCAGCGCGCCGAUGCCGACGCGCGCGCGACGGACGCGCGUGCAGAAAACGGCGCGAGCGCGGUCGUGGGACUGCCGGAAUACUCUGCCAACCGCCGCGGGAUGGCGUGUGGCCACGUCUUCCGCAAAGGAGAGCCCAUCUUUCGGUGCCACGACUGCUCGUUUGACGAUACAUGUGUCCAGUGUGCCACAUGUUUUCAACACUCGAUUCAUGCGCGCGAGGACCACGACGUGGUCUUCUCCGUCGCAGACGAGAGCGGCGCAUGCUGCGAUUGUGGCGACGAGGAGGCGUGGAAGUGCGACUUGGGCUGUGAGUUCCACAGCAUGCAUCCCCACAAUGAAGGUGCGGCGAACGGCGCGGCGCCGCUGCCGGCGCUCGACGAGAGUUUUCCGCCGGCGCCGCGCGCGGCGCUGCGCCGCUUUUUUCAUCUGCUCCUUGCCUUCUGCCUGCAGGUGCUGGGUGCGGCGCCCGAGCAGCGCGCACCUAUACUGAAUCCCGAGCUUGUCGAAGAGCUGAAGCGCAUGCCGACACUGGAGGACCAGUUUGGCGCGCCGGCCAAAGGCAAGGCGCGCGACGUCCACACAGCUGCGCCGCCGCUCCCACACCCCUACGUCGCCGUGCUUUGGAACGACGAGAAGCACACCUUUAACCAGGUCUCGGAAAAGAUCCUCGAGGUGGUUUCGGGCAUGACUGUGCAGGGCUCGCGCUAUUUUGCGGAGCAGGUAGACAAGUACGGACGCGAGGUUCUCGCCGUCUCUACGGAAAUACGCCGGCUUGUGCUCAUGGCGAAGCGGAUCAAUAUGAUCGACUUGAUGGUCACCAUCAUGCCUGCGUUUGACUUUUUCGUGCAGGAAGUCACCGGGUGCGUGCUCGACACGCUCAAAGACCUCGCUACCUGCUCGCUCUACCUGGACCAGAGCGGCGCCAAGCCCGAUGGGCGCCCGUUCAAAGUACUUUUAACCGACACACUCCUCCUCCCUUGGCACCAGCCUGAGAUUUGCAGCGUGCCCAAUCUGUGCAUGCUCGACGCACUGCUGCUCAUGGAUACCAAGAUGUGGAAAUCGGCGCGCCUCGACGUGCGGCACAUGCUCAUGGAUUUGAUUGCGUACCGCGAGGCAAAGCAAUCCAUCGCCGUCCGAUUUGCACACGUGUAUAUCAAACUCAUCGAGACCUUUAUUUUGCGGGACAGGGAGCCAGAGCACUCGAUUUACCACCUCACUGUACAAAUUUUCAGCGUACCGAGUAUUGCGGCGCGGCUGGUGAUCGAGCAUGGCUUUAUGCACACACUCCUGCAAGUCCUCCAUGCGCUGUUUGUGAGCGACCAGGAAGGGGCGACGAGCCUCGUCGUUCCUGCGCCUCCGCCUGCGCGUGGACAGGCAAACGCAAACGCGUCGCUUUUGCGGCAGCAGAAAUGCUACCAAGUUUUUCACGACACGCGCUACCUCUUGUCCGCGUCGGACGUACAGGAUGAUAUUGCGGCGCGCUCGGGCGAGUACCUCUCUGUGUGGCUCGCAUUCUUCGCCAUGUUUCAUUCCAUCGCACCCGAUACGCGCGCGGCGCACGCCCAUGUCGAAUUUGAGAGCGAGCUCUGGAUCCAGGUGUUCCACACAAGCUCGCACCUCGGCAAACUCGCCAAGCUCCUUGGCGAGGCAUUUUCCCGCGCGAGCGAAGCGCAGUUGCGCGCCGCGCUGGGCUACACUGGGCGCACCAUCAUCGAGCACACCCAGCGUCUCCAGGCGCUGGACCCAGCGACGCACCAGCCCGGCACACUGCACACCACAAGGUAUCCAGUCGGCGCUCCGGACGAUGCGGUCGCGUCUGAGACGUUCGAGUUCGACGUGGCCUCGCAGCCUGUAUCCUUCCAUCACCCCAUGCACUGGCUCUUUGCCGAGAUGCUCAAGUCUCUUGCGCACGGCCCUCCGACGCCCGGGGACUUGACCGAGCUCGAGAUGCUCGCCAUUCUCGAGUAUCCUCUCCGCGUCGCCGUCAAGCUUGCGCAGAUCCGAUGCAACGUGUGGGUGCGCAAUGGAUUUGCCAUUCGCUCGCAGGCGUACCACUACCGCGACAGCAUGUGGAUGCGCGAUAUUAUGUACGACCAGGACAUGUUUCUCCAGCAGUGCGGUCUUGCAUUUGUAGACCACGACCCGUUUCUGCUGACGGUCUUGGACCGCUUCGACCUCGUCGCCUGGUUCAGCGGUGCGCCGAGGAAAGAACACGCUGUGUACGACGCAGACCAGACGCUCUUCAUGGCAGAAGAGCUCCUCCUGCUCCUCAUCAUGCUCCUCACCGAGAUCAGCGUCCCGGCGCACUGGACCAUCGAGCAGCAGGUUUGCCGCGAGCUGAUCCACUACCUCGUGCUCGGCCCCGGCACCUACUCCGAAGUAACGAAACAGAUCCCCGAGCGCUUCACCGACCACAGCUGUUUCGACCGCGAGCUCGCACGCAUUGCCCACUUUCGCUCGCCCGAUGGCACCAGCGACCUGGGCAUGUACGAGCUCAAACCCGAAUACUUCGCCCAAGUCCAGCCCUUCUUCCACCACUACUCGCGCAAUCAGCGCGAGCGCGCAGAAGAAGUGCUCGCCGAGCGCCGCGCCAAGCCCGGCGGCGAAGAAGCUGCGCCGCUCACCAUCGCGCCGCAGCUCGGCGCCCUACAAGACACCCCGUUUCACCGCCUCGCCGACGUCUUUACCAACCGCACGUUCCUUACCAUCGUCUUUUACGCACUCGCAAACACCACAUCGUUUGACGAGCCGCCGGAUACGCUGCUCAACGCCGGCCUGCACCUGCUUAUGCUCGGUCUUGUAGAGCGCGGCGCACACUUUGCGCCUGCCUUGAUUGAAACGAGGCGCUUGCACGGCGCGCCUUCCUUGCUUCAUAUCUUGCUCGAGCUCCAGCAGCACCCCAAACUCGAGGCAUACCACCCCAAGGUAAAUUUUAUCCUCCAGCACGCCGCGGCAUUGGACACCGCAGUUGCGUCGCAUCUCCCCUCGGCGUACGCGCAGCGCGCAGCGCCGCCGCCCCAGGACGACGCAAAGCGCAGGAUCGCGCGCGAGCGGCAGGCCGCCAUCAUGCAGCAGUUUUCUGCGCAGCAAAAGUCGCUGCUCGAGUCGCUCGACGAGGGGCUGAGCGACGAAGAAGCGCCCGAGGAAGACUCGGAGUGGGGCGCGUGCAUCAUGUGCCAGGAGCGCCUGGACACCACCAGCGCCUUUGGCACGCUUGGCCACAUUCAGGAGAGCAGAUUGGUGCGUACGACGCCGCCCCGCGAGCACAGCGUCUUGGACGAGCUGCUGCGCCAAGGCAUGGACAUGGACCGCGCACAAGGCGACCGCGUCCGAGGCAGCUUUGGCCGUGAGGAGCUGCUUCCCAACGCGAGUGUCCACCAGCACAUUGCGCUUGGCUACCCCGCGCAGCACCACACGACCGGCUUUGUCGCCGUUUCCUGCGGGCACAGCAUGCAUGUGCGCUGCUUCAACAUGUACAUCCAAAGCAUCGAACACCGCCACGCGAUGCAAAUCGCGCGCAACCACCCCGAGGAUCUGGCACGGUUCGAGUUUGUCUGCCCGCUGUGCAAGUCGCUCGGCAAUACACUGCUGCCCGUCUCGGGCGCCUCCGCGCUGAGCACUUCGCCGUUUACCGACGCUGCGCGCGGCGCCGUCUUGUUUGACGACCAGCCGCUGACCGAGUGGGUGCGCCGUAUGAACAUUGCCAUCUUGAAAAACACCUCCACCGAGAACGCCGAGCUCGAAGAGCACGGCUGGGGCUAUUUUGCCGCCUUUAUGCUGCAGAGCAGCGCGCAGCCGCAGAACAGCGAGUAUGCCCACGGCCUCUUCAGCGCAGACGAAUGCCUAAUGCUCCAGCGCUACCGCAGCGUCCUGCAGCUCCUCGGUCACGAGACGAUCUGGGCGCGCACCAAGGACCGCAUGAAGACCAUUCUCGACGCACCACACACGCUCGACAGUGCCGGCGACGUGGUGUAUUUGCCCGAGACGUUACUGGGCUACACACUCGCGCAGCUUGAAAUUGCCCAGCGGGGCCACGCGGCGCAAGGCGAUGUGGGCAACGCGCUCUCGGCACAGCAAGUCCAGCUGCUCCAAUCGCAGCUCGAUGCCUUGACGGCCAUGGCGCGUGUUGCUUCGGUGGAUGCGCGCACGGAUAUGCGCCAGUCGCUCUUGCGGCGCCUCAUGCCCCACUGGGCCGGCGAGCACGCCGUGCGCAGUCCGCUGCUCGUGCGCAACGCACUUGGCGUCCUUGUGGAAGUCGCGCUCCUCAUCCCCGAGUACUUUAUGCACGCAACUGCCCUCCUCUACUACGUCACGCUCAUCCAGACCAUCUUUGGGCUUGCGCAACCCACAUUUGAGCAGGGCGAGCGGCGCAAGCACGCGGCGUGUGUCGACGGCGACGUUGCCCUUUCCAUCUUUCCGCACGCAAGGUGGCUUGUGACCAGCGUCGUGAACUUGGUCGGCUACGUCCGCGGGAACAUCACGCUUGGCUUCGACCAGCGCAGCGACCAGGAACUGGCCAAGCUCUUGUGUGCAUACACACUUCCAUUCCUUCGCCGCGCCGCGCUCCUCGGUCAGGCGGUGGGCCGUGAUGUGCGUGCGGCAGAGGUGGAUCUUGCCGCGCCGGAAUAUGUGCGUCUAUUGCAGCAUUUCCGCAUCCCAAGCCCCGCUGAGGCGCUUCCCAUGCAUACACAGCCUGUCGGGCUCAUCGCCAUGCUGGUGGAGGGAUGGGCCAAGCACGCAUACAUGCAGCUUGCGCCGCUCUUCAAGCCGCUCCCCAUCGAGACGGACGGCCUGGAGGCGCGUCUGCAGGUGCCGAGCCUCAUCUUGGAGCACCCGCAUAUAUACGAGCUGUUGCCCCUUCCGCGCGAUUUGGCCGUCUUGCUGCAGCAGACGCAGCAGCGCAAGUGCAAGCGGUGCAAUACGCUGCCGCCCACCGCGUCUCUGUGCCUCUUUUGCGGCGAAGUGCUCUGCCUGCAGGCGUACUGCUGCAGCGACCUGGACGAGGAGUCGCGGGGGGAGUGCAAUCAGCACUUGGAACACUGCGGCGGCCGUGUCGGCGCGCAUUUCCGUGUGGGAAACAAUGUCAUGGUGCUGCUGUACCAGGGCAACGGGUGCUAUUCUCCGUCACCGUAUCUAAAUACCCAUGGAGAAGUCGAUCGGUACCUCUUGAAAGCGAGGCCACAGCGCUUGCAUACCCAGCGCUACGACGAACUACGAAAACAAUGGCUGAACCAUGGCAUUGCCAACCUGGUGACGCGCCGCAUCGAGUCGACCAUCGAUCCAGGCGGAUGGAUCACAUUUUGA